GGAGUACUCGACGACUACAGUAAAACAAUCAGAUAACAUACAGCAAAAAGAAGUCCUAUGUAUUGUACAGUUGAUUAAAUUAUAAUGAUUAACUUACCUAACGUUUGCAGCCAAAUUGUUAUUAUUUAUAGUUUGGUGAGUAGGUAAGGUACCUACAACAAGUUUAGUUUGUUACGAGCAGAGUACUUGUAAAAAAUAACUAAAAUAAGCUCAAAUCUACCCUACAGUUCUAUUUUCUGGUUAAUGAAUAGUACAAUCUUUUUAAUUAGUUACAUUGUGGAAAGAAGUCAUUUUGAGAUAAUAAAAUGAAUUUAUUUUUUCUGUAAACAGGCUACAAAAGAACAAUUUUACACGUAAAAAAAUUUUUUUUUGAAAAAGAAGAUGAGUUGUUAUUAUAUUUAAUAGGUAACAGUCAAGAGGUUCAAAUAAACCGCUGAAUUAAAUUAUUUUGUAUUAUUUUAUUGACUGCGUUUGAUUAUCGCAUUUUUUUGAUUUGUGUUCUGAAAAAAUAGUGCAUUAUUAAAAUUCAAAUGGAAAAAUAAAUAAAUGUAAUAUUUUACUUAGAUACGAAACAUAAUAAAAACCUCACAGCCUCACAGCAUUUACCAUUUUUAGUUUAACUUAAACUGAGAUUUCUAAUAUACUUUUUCUUGACAUGGCAACACUGUCAUUCUACGGUUUUAAAUUCAAGUUGCCAGCUGUGAUCUGCCACAUUUCGAUUUUCGUGGAACGCGCCGUUUUGUUUAUGUUCUACAGUUAUUGUAAUUUGUAUUGUAAUCUGUUAAAAAGUUACUUAAAAGUUUAGAAUACUUGAAUGAACUGGACAUUUGAUUGUAAUGAAGUCGUAUUUUAUUACAAUACAUGAAUUAUGCGAGGCGAAUAACUGAUUUUUAACUAAAAUAAUGGACGCAUCUAGUGAGCUGCCAAAUAAAAUGGCACACUUAGACAUAAUGGAGAUUGACGAACUCUCUCCCGAAGUCGCAGAAAAUAAACCUCCAGUGCCCGAGUUGCCAUCUAGAGUUUUAAGAAAAAGGAAAUCUAUAAUGCCCGAAGCAAGUAAAUCAUCGAAUCGUAGAGUUAGUAUGAAGCCAAGUAAACGUAUUAUGACUGAAAAUGCAAACCCUAAGCAAAUAGAAGCUUUGUAUCUGAACAAAAAAGUCAAGUCACUAUCACAGACUUUAGAAACUAUUUACGAGGAACCAAAGGCUCAGAACAGCGACAAUGAAGUACUUAUUGGUGGCAGGAAAGUAAAAAGACUGUUAACAUUCCAAUUAGGUAAUCAAUACACAAAAGAAAAGAUAAAGAAGCGUAGAGCUAAAAUAAAGAAACUUCUGGGAAACAAAUCCUUUUUGAAUAGAAAAAAGAUACCAAUGCAAGUAUUUCUUAAAACUAUUGAGUGUUUGGAAUUGGAUGAAGUAGUGAAAACGGAAGCUUCUUUGCCACUUAAAGAUAAGGUGUAAUGAUUUUAAUAAGACUUAUUACCAAUGGUAUUAUUCUAAAUGUGUAUCAGUGAUUGUACAAAAUAAACUUCAGCUGUUAAUCA